AUUACCCUAAAACCACACUCAAAAGCUCUCUCUUCCUCUUCCUUCUCUUAACAAUUAAGACAAAUCUCAUCGGCUUAAGACUCUGAUCACUAUGUACGGACGUGAUCCUUGGGGUGGUCCUUUGGAGAUCAAUGCGGCGGACUCUGUCAUCGACGAAGAUCGUCGUAGUCGAAACCUACAAGACCUCGACCGUGCGGCUCUGUCACGGCCUCUUGACGAAACACAACAGAGCUGGCUACUCGGACCGAAGGUGCUCAAGAAGAAGAAGUACGUCGAUCUCGGAUGUAUCUUAGUCAGCCGCAAGAUCUUUCUCUGGACUCUUGGAAUCAUUGUAGUAACCGCGUUUAUCUCUGGAUUCAUAACUUUGAUCGUUAAAACUGUGCCACGCCACACACACAAGCCACCAUCACCGGAUAAUUACACACUCGCUCUCAACCAAGCUCUCAUGUUCUUCAAUGCUCAACAGUCUGGGAAACUUCCAAAGGGAAAUAUUUAUAACGUAUCAUGGAGGGGUGAUUCUUGUCUUCAAGAUGGGAAGGGAGAUCCAGGACAAUGCUACAAAGAUUUGGUAGGAGGCUACUAUGAUGCUGGAGAUACUAUCAAAUUCAACUUCCCUAUGUCUUAUGCUAUGACCAUGUUGAGCUGGAGUGUAAUUGAAUACAGUGCAAAGUAUGAAGCUGCUGGCGAGCUCAACCAUGUUAAAGAACUCAUCAAAUGGGGAACUGACUACUUUCUCAAGACUUUUAAUAGUAGUGCUGAUACUAUCAAUGUUAUUGUGGAACAGGUCGGAUUAGGGAGUACUGGUGGAGGAAAUGAUAAGCAUAAUGACCAUAACUGCUGGAUGCGUCCUGAGGACAUUGAUUAUAAAAGGACUGUAUCUCAAUGCUACAGUGGCUGCUCGNCUCGGAAGAUGAGUUAUGUUAGGAGCUUCCAUUCCACGGAACAUGAAAGAAAGCUGCACAGGAGGAUCNUUCACGGUGCUAAGACGCUCUAUAAGUUUGCAACUUUUAGCAAUGGUAGCUACAGCACACCUGAUAAAGACUCUAGCAAAUUUUAUAACUCUACCCUGUUUUGGGAUGACCGUAUAUGGGGUGGGGCUUGGUUGUAUUAUGCUACUGGAAAUGUAACCUACCUUAGUGACGUUACCACUCGCGCUAUUGCCGAGAGUGCUGGUGCCUUCGGAAAUAGCUCUUAUUAUGGUGUAUUUAGCUGGGACAACAAGCUUCCAGGGGCUCAGUUGCUGUUAACCCGGAUGAGGCUGUUUCUGAGCCCUGGAUAUCCAUACGAAGAAAUUUUAAGCGCAUUUCAUAACCAAACAGGCAGAGUUAUGUGCUCUUACUUACCAGAUUUCAACAAAUUUAAGAGAACAAAGGGAGGUUUGAUCCAGUUAAACCAUGGAGAUCCACAGCCUCUACAGUAUGCUGCAAAUGCGGCUUUCUUAGCGGCGCUAUACAGUGAUUAUUUAGAGGCUGCUGAUACUCCUGGAUGGUACUGUGGCCCUUACUUCUAUACUAAUGAAUACCUACGCAACUUUUCAAGAUCGCAGAUUGAUUACAUACUUGGUAAAAACCCUCGGAAGAUGAGUUAUGUUGUGGGUUUUGGCCAACGGUACCCGAAACAAGUGCAUCAUAGAGGAGCUUCCAUUCCACGGAACAUGAAAGAAAGCUGCACAGGAGGAUCGAAAUGGGAAAAGAGCAAAAAAGAUAACCCAAACAUUAUCAAAGGAGCAAUGGUUGCUGGACCAGACAAGCAUGAUGGGUUCCACGACGUUCGUACAAACUACAACUACACAGAGCCGACACUAGCGGGCAAUGCGGGUCUAGUGGCCGCUUUGGUGGCUUUAUCCGGAAAAGAAGCGGUUUGGGGUAUUGACAAAAACACUAUGUUCUCUGCCGUACCUCCAUUGUUCCCAGCCACACCGCCGCCCCCAGCACCUUGGACACCUUAAAGAAAUCAAAAUUAUUGAAUGUAAUAAGCCAUCUCUUUUUGCCUGAAUAAAAGUAGUUUCCAAGUCCUAAAAAAGUAGUUUUCUUUAGCUUAUUACAUAAAAUGUGGUCUGAUGAGAAACCAAACAUUAAUUGUUUCUCUGUGUUUUGUGAGGUAUACAGUGUAGAUUCUUUGUUUUCAAAAUUUGUAAGUAGUUGGCGUGAUACAGAAGAAAGGUUUUUGUGCUUUAUUGAAGAG